UUUCGAUCGCUGCGGAUUGGUUGGCUUCCGAGGAUUCGACGGAUGGUAGUGUUUCCCGCGUCGCGUAAAAUUACGACGCGCGGCGUCAGUUUACUCCGGCGAGAUACUUUCGACACAGUUCGCUCCGAGGAUUUUCGAUGAGGAGUCGCUUGAUCGAUACCGGGAUACGAGGAGAGGCUGUUGCGCGAUCGAGCGCAUCCGGCGUCACGCGUGACACGAACAUGGACAGUUCGGAUGAAAAGUGGUGGUAAAUACUGUGAAUAAGAGGGAAGCGGAAACACCGAGAGAAAUGAUGCUGGAAGGCUGUGGAAUUAAGAGGAUCCUCUGAACGAGCGGAACAAGUACUGCUGCACCGCUAACGAACACCUUGCACGUGCUGCGAAUAUCAUCGAUCAUCGAUCCGCGUCGAUCGCCGUGGCCGAUUGGAUUCACCGACUGCCUCGUCGAAUUCGGUUGAAAUUUCACAGAAUGCUGCGGGGAAAAUGCGUCUUCUAGUUCUAGUGGUGGCGAGCUGCUUGAACGUUCUCGAAAUAACUCGUUGUCAAGAGCUUUCGGUCAUCAGGCACUCCGAUGGAGAUAUUUUCACCUUGGAAGGUUCCUGCACGGAAGCUUGCUCGGUGCUCAGCAGUGGCACGGCUAGCCCUUACACGCGGCGCCCUUCGACGGCUGGCCUCGUUCCUCUCAACAACACCUGCACUUGCCAAUGCAACUACGGCCUACCUACCUUCCGAGAGGACCUUCACAUCUGCGUGAAUGAUAUCCACGAGUGCAACGUCGCGGGUUUCGUGAGCAACACGGGCCAGGUAGAGAGAGUACCGUACGUUUUCCUGCCUCAACGCGGACAAAUAAUUUAUCCUCACGCGGAGAUUCGCUUCGAAGGUGUGACGACACCUGUGUGCGGAAUCACCGGCGCUCAGCAAUUAGGCCGAACAGGAUGGUCGGAAUUGAGGAACCUCUCGGACACCGAACCACCCUUCAGGCUAUAUCGUGACGAAGGCAGGACGUUUCUGCAGUGGAUCGGCGAGACUGGGCUGAAAGAAGCAGCCGAAGGUCGCGUGGUCACGGCGAAGCUGGUUUGCAGGGACGCCUCCUCGAAGUCAAAGUACACCGGCGUGUUCACGCCUUGCGUAGCCUUCAGGGUGGCUGGCUCACCCUCCAAGAGCAGCGUCCGGGAAGUGAUGUUCUCUUCGACGUCGCAGCUGUCCCAAGGGCUUUCCACCACGGAAUACACAGCCAUUGGUCUCUCCUCCGUGAUCUUGGCUCUGAUCUACGUGGCGAGCGUCUCGCUCUACCUUCACAGCAAGAAGACCAAGAGGAAGAUCAUCGAAGAGCCGGAAAUAAGCAUUACACCAGGCCGAGAACCGAGUGGACUGGUCAAGAGCAACCCGUUGCUCGCCGCUUCCAGGCACUUCGAGAGCGACACCAACAGCGGCUUAACGGAAAGCGAUCUCGGCGACGAUCUUCCGGCCAGCGACAGCGAGCAAGGAUUUGAAAAUGUAACGUCGGCCAUCGUUCAUCCCCACUGCAUCUAUCUCGAACAGUCGGAAGUUUGUUUCGGGUCCGGGUCAGGAUCCGGAUCGAUCUUAGGCGAGAGGUUGCCGGAAGAAGAUGUUCGAGUGGUGGAGACUGCGGACAACCCUCAUCAGCAAGACGUCCCCGUAUUACCCGGGGCUCAAAGGAGGAAGUUGUAUUUUAAUCCUGCCUACUUUGACAAACAACUGUUACUGGCUCCCCCUCCAGCAGCGAUCGAGUUCCUCCUGAAGAUCCGCGAGGUGAUCUCUAUCGCGAAGCACAAGAUGGCUGCAAAGAAAUUUGUUCCUACCCUGAACGGUAUACCGGAAGAGGAGAACAGUUCGGAUUGGUGCGACUCGACAGGCAAGAACCGACAACGAUCGUCCUCGAGCUCGUUUCAGGGUUCUCUCGCGAAGACACGGAUGUCUCAGCGAUGCACCGGAUGCCCCGGAUGUACCGAGCUUCCCCCGAAUACGUUUGGCCUCUCGGAAUCGGAUCAACCGAGUCCAGGGGAAAGCAAGGUUCGAGCAUGGCUGGAAGACAUGAGUGCGCCGCAACGUCGCUGGCGAGACGCUGAGGAUAACAACCGACGGAGCUUCCAAGAGAACAGCGCCGCCUUUGCAAACGGCUUGGCGUUUCCGAAAGAGCUAGCGAAACGCGACGACUUCGACGAAAAAGCGGAGAAUUCAGCAGAGAGAACUCUGUCCUCGUGGAAGACGAAACUGGCGAUGUCGAAGAACUUCCGGAGCGGGACGAGAAGUGAGAUUCUCGAGAGCGACGAUCGACAGAGCCUCUCCGUGCGCUCCGUCAAAUCAAUGUUCGAAGAAUUUCAUUGCAACGGUCGACGAGACAGAGACGCCUCGAACGCGGCCAACGGCGAUGACGCGGUAAACGCAAAAGUGAGGACAGCGAUCGAGAACUCGUUCGUUCAGCAGAUGGAGGAAAACGCUGCUACAGAAAAGGCGACUACCGAGACACGGAGGAGCAUGGAAGAGAACGAAACUGUGGAGAUCGAAAUCGAGCGCACCGCGAACUCGACGAACCUACCGACGGAGGAUAGAUCUCCGUGUGAUCGAACGAAAAAGGGGAGAAAUGUAACGUUGACGAAGAAAGAUCUGCCGGACAUGAUCAACGAACUUCCCAACCGUACGAGUACAGCGAAACGCAUUAUGGACGCCGUGAUUCGCGAGAUGGUGGAUGCCAAAGUGUUGGAACACCAUGCGAGAUCCGAGAACGCGAUGGACUACGAAGUGGAUAGUUUGGAGCGGUCGAAAUGUAGUAGAAAGUCGUCCAUUUCGCCGGAGUCCACCGAUCAGUCAAGUCCCGCUCUGUCCACCGCCCUACCGAUGGACGAGGAAUUGACGAUGCAGAAUGCGGUGAUCGACACUAAUACCGGCGAGAUGAUGACGAUAGCGAUCCCCGCGCUGAACAAGGACGUACUCGAAAGAAACUACUACAACAGUCUACCCGAGUUGAUCUCUUCGCAAAGGUAUGAGAGCUACUCUUUGGUAAGCGAGGUUUACGUGAACGAUGGCUACGACAGUCCUGCCUGCAGCGACGAGUCUGGUCCGGAGAUUCGGUACGAGCCGGAGAACCCUGGCCACUUGACCAUCAAGGUGCAGGAUUCGCCUGAGAAUUACGCGAGGCUUGACGAAUCGGAGUAUGAGCCUGACACGCUGGACCGGAAACCGAUGAAAUUAAAAAUCAAUGACGACGUGAACUACGAGAAAGAAGUCCCGAGCGAGGUCUACGUAGAUUCCCUCGAGAGGCCUGCUCAAAUACUGCUCAAGAGCAAAGGCAGUUUCCGCGAUCAGGAGUCCACACGCAACGAAGCCUGUCUACACCGCAGUUACGGCAGCCUCCGCGAGAUCUAUGAAGCUCGAUUGAAGUUCAAUCUACCGGAUUGCAAAACGAACGAGUCGUCGUCGAACGAUCAUCUGGAGGACGCCGGAACCUCGAAAAGGAGCAAGUAUCUAACGCCCGACACCAGACAAGCGAGGAGGCAACGUCAACCGAGCAACCAUCCGGACGUGGUGCCCCUACCACCUAUGGAGGAUGUUUAUCAGCAUCCGAAAUCUUUGCAAUGCGUGAAAGACGCGAGGCAAUCUUCGAACUCGUCUCUGUCAAAAAACGGCUGGGACAGGAGUCCUGCCGAAGCGGGUGACCCUACGACCAGCAACGGUGCUCCUGUCCUCAGCAACGAUUCCAACGUAGGGACCAUUCUGUCUUGCCGCUGCAAGGUUCUUCCAGUACAAUCUGAAGAAUUGGUGACGGCUCUACCCGACAACUCGUCGAUCGAGACAUCGAAGAAAAGGAGGAAGAAAAUUAAGAGGCACGACCAGGAAACGAUGCAGGAGAAGUGUACCGAGGACGCCGGAAAUUCUAGUCAGCAGUUACCCGUGUGCUGGAACAACGCUCGUUACCCGGUGAACAAGAGGAAGUUUCCGGUUCGCUGUCAUCUUCACGGAUCUGCCUUGAAGAAUAGUACGUUCGGAGAGUCCUGGGAGGAGCAAAGAAAUUGUGAAGACGCUUCGUCUUGCCCUCGCAAACAUUCGAACAAUCUUCCUGAUAUGAAUACAAUGAAUUGCUUGCCUGUCGACUAUCGUAGACCACGGGCUAGAGUCGAGGAUAGUGGAUACCUGAGCAGCACGGACAGCAAUAGCUCGCAGAAACAGUUGCUUAGGCACGAAGCGAGUAGCGUCUCGGAAACGGACGAAACCGAAUCCGUCUGCGACGGGGCUAGUGAGAGUGGCGCUGAGAGUGUAGGAACGGACAGCGUAUUUUUCGGGAACGUUUGCAGACUGUCGGAAUUCUCUGGCUUCUCGAAGAGCUUACAUUCAGAUGCGGAAAUUAAGCCAAGGAACGCGAUUUUUCAGCCGUUCACCGCGAGAAAUGAUAAUGUAGGCUUCGAGAGAAUAUGCUUCAGCGCUAGCGACAGCGAGACAGAGAGCUUUGUCACUGUUCUUCCGCCUUGUGAAACGACCCCAGAACUGGUUUAAUUCAGUCAACGACGAUAACACGUGUAUAGUUCUCGCUAUCGUUGAUCUAAAUUUACGAUGGUAAUUGAAAUUUCAGCUAUAACUGCAUUUCGGGACAAUCCUAACUGUCUCGUCACUUUGACGCAUCGAUUCUUCAUCCUCUUGGAGACUAUAUUUCCCAUUUUCUAUUUCUGUCCUAUUUUCUAAGAAGUUCAACGAAAUUAGCUGAUUUCGAAGAUUCCGUCCACGCAACUGAAUAGCGAAUAAAAUCAAAAGUAAAUUGCCAUCGAUAAACGUAAAUGAAUCUUUAAACGAUACCGUAGAAUCAUCCUUCGGCUUGUCCGGUGAUAUGUUUCCGGCCAGUAUGUUAUUGUUAAGCAUUUAGUUUACAUUUAGACUAAUUAAACACGAAUCAAACGCCACGCGUUUAAAAGUUCGUCAAACGGGUAAAUGUUCAAUUGCUGUCUGCUCGGUUAAGAAUCUUGCAAUUGCGACAUUCAGAGGUAGUUAAAGAAUCUUAAGUAACCGAAGCUGGUACGUGAUUGACAUAAUGAUUUAGCAAUGAUGUCAGGAACCUUAUAUACUUCGCAUUUCUAAUAUAUACGUAGUUCUUAUCAAACAAUUAUAUUUACGCGAGCUUUACAAGUUACGAAUUUGUAUUUUAUUCGGGCGGCAUUCAUUGACACCCGACGUUGCUUAACCAUUGCCAUCAUAGAGUCUAAUUCAACUAUACAAAACGGCCGGAAGUGCAAUAUUACAUUUUAGAGAGGAGCACUGUAGCUAUUUGUUAAUGGCGAUACUUGUAUCCUUAUCGAUGAAUAGUACUUAUGUGCAUUAAAUACGCGGUAAUUAGGAUUAAUUGCUAGUCGAUACAAUAACUCUCUAAGAAAGUAAUAUAAAGAUAUUACCAGUUAUUAGUAUUAUGUUAGUAGUAAACACCAUUGAAGUAAGAUUAAACAGAUAAAAGAAUCUGAUGAAACAUCUUUAAACAUAUCAC